AUGCAGUUCUACAAUAGAGCUCUGGGGUUCGCGAAAGAAGCAAUUGCGGGACCUCUGGAACGGCGACAAGACAGAAGUAACAUUACAUGGAACCCAACACUUUUCCCAGACAAUGCCACGACGACAGUCGAGUUGACCUAUAUUACAGCCGAUCAACAGGUCGCAUGGUAUUCCCCCGACGUGGCGAAUGUACGAGGCUAUGUCAACGUGUAUAUGGACAAAGAUUGGCUACUAGGGGCUUCUGGCAAUGACACCUCAUUAGGCCAGAACCUCACCUUUUCUUUGAUCUCUACACCUGCUGGAGGUCAAAACAUCUCAAAAUUGGGUCCUAUGAUCAGCUUGACUGUUGAUCCCAAAACUCUCCCGCGAGUAUUGAUUCCAAAGAUAGACUCUAUAUAUGGUCUGGAAAUAGGAUUGCCAAUCGCAAUCGUUGCUGUGAUCCUCAUCAUUCUCGGUAUUUGGUGUGGAAUGAGGAAGCAUGCGUGGAGCGACGUCAGGGGCCACUCGAGAGACUACAUGGCGAGAAGAGCUCGUAGGAGAGGGAGACUAGAAAAGGAUGGUGCCAUCCAACUUGACGAGUACGACCGCAGUGGCCAGGACGCCUUCUCGGAUGAACCCUACCAAGGAGGGAGCAAUAAUGCCUUCCAGGAGGAAAUUAGACGCCAGCGCUUCGAAGACGACAAUUUAAAAAGAACAAUCUCUUCAUUCUAG